GCUCAUUCGCGCCCUGGCUUUGGAGCGAGUUGCACAUUCACACAGAAACACACUGCACGAAGCAAGGGAUCCUAAGGAACUGCUGAAGAACCCAGUCACGUAGGGGGGGGACAGACCAGACGAAGCCACCAAGAUGUGUGACAUGGGGGGAUUGGAUAACCUGGUGGCCAACACGGCCUACCUGAAAGCCCAGGGUGGCGAUGACAAGGAGAUGAAGAAGCGUCGCCGGAGUUUGUCACUGCCCCCGGCCGAGCAGUGUGCCGCCAUCCGGACCACCAUUGAUAAGAACUUUGAGUCGCUCUGUGAGAGGCAGCCAAUCGGCAAGAAGUUUUUCCGGCAGUUCCUGGCUGCUACCCCAGAGUACAUCAAUGCCGCUGAGUACCUGGACGAGCUGAAUGACUGGGAUCUGGCGGAAGGCGCUGAUAAGGAAAAGCAGAGGGCGAACAUGAUGACAAAGUUUUGCAAGGCCGACUCCAAGAACUUUCUGACUUACCUCACCGGGGAGGUAGCCGACAAGUGUAAGGCAGUGACAGACAAGGACUUUGACGAAGUGAUGAACGUCAAGGUGAAGGAAGCUACACGAGAGUUUCUGAAAGACAAGCCCUUCACGGACUACCAAACUAGCCCCUUCUUUGACAAAUUCCUGCAGUGGAAGGAGUACGAGAAGCAGCCCAUCAGUGAUAAAACCUUUUAUGAGUUCAGAACUCUGGGCAAGGGAGGUUUCGGAGAGGUGUGUGCCGUACAGGUGAAGAACACAGGCCAGAUGUACGCCUGCAAGAAGCUGUGCAAGAAGCGCCUGAAGAAGAAACAUGGUGAGAAGAUGGCCCUGCUGGAGAAGCAAAUCCUGGAAAAGGUCAACAGCCUGUUCCUUGUCAACCUGGCCUACGCCUACGACACCAAGACCCACCUGUGCCUCGUCAUGACCCUGAUGAACGGCGGAGACCUCAGGUACCACAUCUAUUACGUCAGUGAGAAGACCAAAGGUAUCGAGAUGCCACGCAUCAUCUACUACACAGCGCAGAUCUGCACAGGCAUUCUUCACCUGCAUGAAAUGGAUAUCAUAUACCGUGACAUGAAGCCCGAGAACGUGCUGCUGGACAGCUUUGGCCAGUGCCGACUCUCUGAUCUGGGUCUGGCUGUGGAGCUGCCUGCUGGAAAGACAAUCUCCCAGAAGGCUGGAACCGGAGCGUACAUGGCCCCUGAGAUCCUGAACGAAGUUCCCUACAGGACAUCAGUGGACUGGUGGGCGCUGGGCUGCAGUAUUUACGAGAUGGUGGCCGCCUACACUCCGUUCAAGGGUCCCGAAUCCGGGAAGCAGAAGGUGGAGAAGGAGGAGGUGCAGCGUCGCAUCUGCAAAGAGGAACCGCCAUGGGAGCACAAGAACUUCGACGCGCCCACCAAGGCCAUCAUCCAGGAGUUCCUCAAGAAGAAUAUCGACGAACGUCUGGGCUGCAAGGGAGGAGGUGAGGACCCCCGUAAGCACGAAUGGUUCAAGGCCAUCAACUUUCCUCGUCUGGAGGCUGGUUUGAUCGACCCCCCUUGGGUGCCCAAGCCCAACGUGGUCUAUGCCAAGGACACUGGCGACAUUGCUGAGUUCUCCGAGAUCAAGGGCAUUGUGUUCGACGCCAAUGACGAGAAGUUCUUCAAGGAGAUUGGCACGGGAGCCGUGGCCAUUCCAUGGCAACAGGAGAUGAUCGAUACGAACCUGUUUGACGAGCUGAACGACCCCAACAGGAAAGAGUCUGCUGGGGGUGGUGACGGGGAGGGGAAGUCUGGCACAUGCACGUUGCUGUGAGCAGCCAAAGCUGGCACAUAUAAACACCAGUAUAUACACCAAUACAUGGCACCAAUACAUCAACUGAUUCGCUCAUGUUCUGUCAAAUUCUUGUGAAACAUUACACACAGAAAUAAUUGAACAAAAUGCAUUAUUUUACACAAGGGAGGAGAGCAGCAGGAGACAGAGAGAUGAGGUAUCCUUCACUGGACCGGGUCAGUUGCCAUUGAUUUUAGUAAUAUGGGUCGAAAGUUCCCUGAGCUUCCAAGCAAAUAGGAGGGUAAAAGGUGACUACCAAGAUUUGUAUUGUCAAUUCAGAUUGCAGCUACUCCCAGAUGUUUCUCAUGAUGUAGUAGUGCCCUCCUGGCCAACAGGGGUCGUAAGAGUAGAAUAUAACAAAUUCAUGUUGUGGAUAAAACAUUUUUUAAAUGAUUAAUGGAUAAAUACAGGCCUCUGUUUACAUACAGCUUGCACCAGAAGAUUAGUGUAUGUAGACUGCAGUGCUAACCCUAGCCAUUGGCCACAAUGGAGCACGGUAUGAUACAUUUACUAGUUUGGGAAUAUGGUUGGGAUCUCGUUCUUGAUUGUGUUCCAUUAAUUGAAUGUGAUAGAGGCCAGGUUUUUUUCAACCCCCCCCUAAAGGCAGAGGUGCUAACUUUUUUGGGUCAAAUAUUUCAUGAGAUCAAUGUCUCUAUGGACAUUUCUAACUAAAUGUGACAGAGAUUUACUUGAAGUCGAUCACAAAAUUUCCAAGCAGGUGGACUUUCCAAUCCAGCAUCUAGUUCUAUUUGUAAACACUAUUAUAAAGGCCUCCCGAGUGGCGCAGUGGUCUAAGCUGUGUCACUAGAGAUCCUGGUUCGAAUCCAGGCUCUGUCGUAGC